GGCUAGCUUCGACUACUUUUUCACGACAACCUCUCCCAUAGAACCCUAACGCAAUUCCACAAACUCAGGGAGUAUCCUUUUCGACAACAGUUCCUUUUGCGCAAACGAUACUUGUAUGAUCACGACCAUUCCAGCACAACAUCACUCUUGGGAGUGAUCAGCCAAAUCGCAAAGAUGGCCGAAUCCGAAUCCGAACCCAAGGAAUUUACCCAGUUUACUGAGAUAGAUUGGAAGCGCCAGGACGAACAAGAUGCGAAGGCUUUGGAGAGUGUGUUGAGAGCGAGUGGUGAGAAUGGCGAGAUUAAUUUUGGCGAUGAACCUUUGGACCUGGGCGAGAAGGCAGAUGAUGCGCAGGAUUUCGAGGACAUUAGCGAUGACGAUUUACCAGAGGAGGAAGAAGCUUCUCUACCAAGCGCUGUCGACUUGCCCGCCUUGACCGACGACGCUGGCACGAACCAUGAUACCGACGAUCUAUUCGGAGAAGGAAGAGAUUCUUCGCCAUUCGGGUUUGAUGAACAUAUUGAGAUACAAGAUGGAGAAUCACAAGCUGCAGAAACUACAGUUGAGGAAUUACCUGAUGCGCCUGCUGAAGAAGAAGAUUUAUUGGAACUUAAUUUUCCAGGUUACAAUCAAGCUAGGUUGAACAACCAAGAUCUAUCGAUUCCGGCUCCUGCAGAAUCCGAGUCAGAUUUGGCCAAGCAGUUAUUUCCAAGUCUUGAACCUGGUGUUAUAUUGAACUUUAAUGAACUUUUACCUCCAAAGCUCGCACAUUUUGUCCCCAAAGUACCGCUCAAGCAACCUAAACCUUUAAAUCCCACAAAAGUCAGCCUGGAUCUCGCUCCCGACCAAGAAAAAUCUUUCCGCAGCAAUAUAGGAACAGCGACGGGCGAUAAGCGCAAACGCGCGGCCGAGGCCGAGGCUAAAGGGCUUGUUGCUAUCAUUGAAGAAUCUGCUGAUGAGGCAGAGAAUGAGGAAACUUUCGAUUUCGAGGAACCAGCGGAGGAUGAGAAACUUGGCGGGGUGACUUGGGCUGAUCUUCAGAUGAUUUGUGAUGACUGGGAUUCUAAAAUCAAUGCGAUACCUAUGGAGGCUGAAUGUGCUCAAGAUACUCAAGAAACUCAAGAAACUCAACAGACUCAAGAUGAAUGGAUGAUAUUCGCAUAUUCAGGAAAGAAGCCACCAAAGACAAAGACAGAAGAGAAGAACUAUUUUAAUACUCCUCAAUUUGCUGUCCCGUCUUUCGAUAAUUUGCAGAAGGCCGCUGCGAUAUCCGCCAAGCGCCCUUUCUUAGAUCUUAACGAUUCAAACCUCCUUAUAGAAGAACUCAAAUUCACCUCAGUGACUAACAAACGUCAACGCCUGGGUGGAAACUUCAGAGGAGGAAACAACAUCAUCUCUACGAAAUUAAGGGAGCGCUUCAAUAUUUCAAACGACGAAGCUUACGAUGCUCUCAAGGAAAAUCAUCAAAGUAAGGUCAGAGCAGCUAUUGGAAAUCUUACCGUUGAGCAUAGUCUCCCUGCAUUACGUCUUCAAUGGCCAUAUUACAAGGUCAAACUAUACACAAAGGAGGCUAGAGCCUUACAUCGACCGACUCUCAGAUUCAAUAAAUGGCUCAAUCAGCCCGUCACUUUUGACAAACCAGGCAUGCGAAAGAAGAAGGAAGCUAGAACGAUGUCUAUCGCAGAAGUCUUCAAAGAAUCAAAGGACCUCACACUGGGUGACUUCUACUCCACUGCUACUUUGAUUGAAUAUUCUGAGGAACAGCCUAUAGUUCUUUCAAACUUCGGCAUGGGUAACAAAAUCAUCAACUAUUACCGACGUAAGGAUGCGGAAGACCAGGAUAGACCCUCUCCAGAGGAUAAGAUUGGCGACACUACUAUUCUCCUGCCAGAAGAUAAGUCUCCGUUUGCAAAUUUCGGUUUCGUAGAUCCGGGCGAAACCGUUCGAGCUCUGCACAAUGAAAUGUAUCGCGCCCCAAUAUUCAAGCACCAACCUCAAAAUACCGACUUUCUCUGUGUGCGCAGUACUACCGGAGUGCAUGGUACGACAUGGCACCUCCGCAACAUAGAUAAUCUAUUCGUUGCAGGCCAACAAUUUCCGUCCAUCAAAGUACCAACCCCACACUCGAGGACUGUUACAAAUGCUACCAAGAAUCGAGUCAAGAUGAUUGCAUUCAGAAAAAUCAGACGCAGUAACACCAAGUCCCUGAGAAUAGCCGAGCUUACUGCUCACAUUCCCGAUACGAAUGACAUGCAGAACCGAGCAAAAUUGAAGGAAAUUCUGGUCUACGAUAAGAAUGAAAAAGUGUGGCGUCCUGAGGAAGGUACUAUCAUUCCCGACGAAGCUGCGUUGAGAUCCUUAGUCAAACCAGAGGAUUGCUGCAUGAUUGAUGCGAUGCACGUUGGAUGUAGAAACCUCGCAGAUGCUGGUCUUUCAGAAUUGACUGAAAAAGAGGAAGGCGAUGAAGCAUUCGUCGACCGACCUAUUGAUUUCAAGCUUACCCCUUGGAACACAAGCAAAGCUUUCUUGGACGCAACUUCAGGAAAGGCAAUGCUUGAACUUCAUGGUGACGGUGAUCCGUCUGGGUGUGGACUUGCAAUCAGUAUGAUACAGACUUCCAUGAAGGGAGGCUACAUUGGCGCCGUUCAGGGUCCAAAUGCGACAUCCGCAGCUGCAAUAGCUGCAGAGAGAAAGGCAAACGGCGGUCAUACCUACAAUGUCAAGAAGCAGGAAGAGCUUUACAACAAUGCUAUUCGUGAUAUUUGGGAGAAGCAAAAGGCGACCUUGUCAGAUACUAACGAGCACAUCUCAAACGAGUUGGAAGAAGUCGACGAAGACGAACGAUUUCGCGCAGCACCGACUCCACACUCCAUGGCCACUCCUGCAGCGGCCGAUGAUAAUUACAGCCAAGUCAGUAGAGUUAGUAAUACGGACAAUCCCUCAGGAAAAUUCAUGCGUAUUACUCGCAAGGUCAAAGUGGGAAAUUAUGGACAAACCGAAGAGCGGGUCGAAACAGUCAGAGAUAUGCGCGUUUGGAAGGAAUAUAUCAAGCGCAAAAAGGUCUUGGAAGCUGCCAAUUCAGAUGUUUAUGCCAUCACUCCUUCGGGUGAUGCAGAUCUUGACAGAGCUACACAAAUGCAAGUACAAAAGGAACUCGACCGUCUCGAGCGCAACAAGGAUCGUCGCCACGCCCGCGAAAAGCAGAAGACCAAACAAUCCAUGGCCAGCCAACAGCUUCUUAACCCUGGUUCUCCUGGCCCAUCCGGAACACCAGUUUCCAGCAUUGAAAAGCCAACUGGUACUACGAGGAAGUGUGCAAACUGUGGUCAGACGGGUCACAUCAAGACGAACAAAAAACUCUGUCCUCUUUUGAAUGGUACUAUGAAACCCGAAGACGGUGCACCCAAUCAUGGUGGAUUUGGUGCUAUUCAGGCACCACCGGCUUUUGGUUAACUUCUGGGAUAAAACUGCAUUGGUGGACAGAAGAUCAUGUUCUCCACGCCUCCGCUUUCUAUCUACGCAUCGUACGACUCUGGGCCAACCAUAAACGAAAAAUAUUCAUGGGGAGCAUCGCGCAAAGCUUUCUUAUUUGGCACAUAUGCAUUUCUUCACUUUUGAUUCCCUUUGGUGAUUGUUUAUUACCAGGGGAUGGGGUUGAUUCGAUAAAUUUGAGAAAGCUCAAGAAAUUAUUUCAAUGAAUUGAAACAAGGACAUUAACGAUUACAGAUCAAAUGAAGAAUUAGCUUCUGCUUCAUCAUCUCAUUCGAAAGCCUCAAGCGGAAAAAGUGGCGGAAGAACCGACA